UCGGCAUGGCCGGCAGAGAAGGCGGCGGCGGGUGUGCUGGAUGCGCGUUGCGCGCAGCGGAGGUGCAUGUGUGUGUCGUGUGUGGCCAAGUGCAUUGUGGACCGCGGGAACAGGUCUUGGUGCAUAUGCUUGGUGCCCACUCCUUGGUCAUCAACGAUGUCCACAAAAUCUCCAACCUGCCAGAGUAUUUGAGCUACUAUCGGAAGGCGUACUUGCAGCAGGAGCAGCAAGCCUCAACGGCGCCUUUGGCUGCCAUGUGCUCUGUUCUGCAGCGUUCCGAAGCAGAAACGGCGAAACAACAGUCAACCGGCACACAGCCCUCAGCAACAGCAACAACAGCAGCAGCAACAGCUCCCUCAGACGACCCCAUCCACGCUUCAGAAGACAAGUUGUACAUGCUCGGGGGAUCUGCUGCUGACAUCCGGCUACGCAAGCUCUUCAACGACAAGCGGCUUAAACAAGUCCUGGAGUGCAAGCGGCUUGAACGCAGCCAGCCGUUCUCUCGGCGCUGCUUCUUCUGCAAGGACGCUGAUCCCAUCGAUGGCGUUCGCCCCUUUCUCGACCACUUGUUUUCCCGCCACCAUUUCAACAUCGGAUUGCCAGACAACAUUGUUCACAUCCACCAGCUGCUCGACAAAAUUGAGGCACGCGUGUGCGAGCGCAUCUGCCCGUAUUGCUGCAAGCGGUUUGACGACUGGCCAAAGUUCAAGGCGCAUCUCCGCAAGAAGAGGCAUUACAAGCUCAACCCAAACGACCACACCUUUGACGAGCACUACAUCAUCACUUACACGGAUCCCGGGACGCCGUGGCAGACAAUUGUUGACGACGAUGGUGAUGGAGGCGGCACAUCCGACGGCGCCCAGUCGAGUGACGGCGGUAACAGUAGCAGCGGUGGUGGCAGUCGCAGGGGCAGUGGGCGAAGAAAAAGACAGCACAAGACGCAGCGAGGCAGAGGCAAAUCGCACCAGCACGCGACGCCGUCGUCAUCGUCGUCAUCACCGGCUGCUCGUGUCCCGCACCAACACCAUAAGCAGCACCAGGGGCACACGGAUGAUGAUGAGGUGAUGCAGAGGGAGCGUGUGGGAAAGAGCGGACAGCACUCCAAGCAGAAACGCAGGCAACGCCACCAGCACCAGCACCAGCACCAGCAUCAUGAUGGCAGUGGUGGUGAGACGGAAAGCGGGGCGGAGACUGGUUCACACACGGACACAUGCGCACCACCACGGAGCGAGCAGCGAGACGAGGGUGCUUGGCGGCGCACACCAGCCACAACCAGCACGCUUGCUACAACCAGCACAACCGCGACAAGCACAACGGCCACUGCACCAGCUACAGAUUGUGCAGCUUGUACAGCGGCAGUAGGGGAGCCGACACAGGCAGGGAGCAUUGGCGACGCGGAUGCAGCUCUGGCAUCAGUCGCGGCUGCCAGAGCACCUGCGCAGACAUCAGCACCACGCGGUGACACUGGUGCCGUGACGCGAAAGGGAAUGGAAAUGGAAGGAAAAGGGCGUGGCGAGCGCGGGCAGCGGCAGCGAUGGGGGCACGGUCGCGAGCGAGGUGCUGUGAAUAGCAGCAGUUGGCGCGGGCACGGGGGAUCCGCGCACCGCCGCAUUCAGCGCCGUGGUGGUGCUGACGACGAUGAUGACAAUGGUGGUGAUGAUGAAGGGGAGUGGCGCACGUGGCUGGAGAGCGAGAAGGCGCCCACAUCGUGCCUGUUCUGCUCAACCGUGUGCAUGCACCCGGACCACGUGCUGCGACACAUGCGCCAGGUGCACGGGUGCGACCUGCUUGCUGUCAUGGCAAAGCAUCGCCUUGACUUCUACAGCAGGGUGAAGCUGGUCAACUUUCUCCGCAGUGCGCGGCCCGUACUCGCCCCGCACGAGCUCACACGCGUCUUGGCAGAGCGCUCCUUCCUCGCUGAUAAGUAUCUUCAGCCGGAGGAGCCUGGCGACCAUCUCCUCACCCGUCUCAUCGGUGACGACGACGACCACAAGUGAUCCAGCAGCGCUCGCAGGCUGGCUGGGCCUCUGUGUGUGUGUGUGUGUGGGGGGGGGUGUCUUUGUACGUCUUUGUAUGUCUUUGUAUGUCUGUGUAUGUGUGUCUGCCUGCCUGCCUGUCCAACGACUUUCAUGACUAACUAUGGUAGGUCUGAGUUGAGCCAUCCACCCGUCCUCAUUUGGUUGUAGUGUGUCAUGGUUUAGUGUAACCGAUUACUGUGUGUGUUUGCGUGUAUGUGUGUGUGUGUAUUUGUGCAUUUGUGCAUUUGUGUGUGUGUGUGUGCAAGCGCCAAUAAUAAACCGUGUGUAUGGGACAGCAACACA